CUUUGACCAACACUCAAAGAACCCCACCUCCUUCUCCUCCUACACCACGCGGAGAUGAGCGAGGAGGCGGACGGGCUGCAGCUGCCCGAGGAGGUGCUGGAGGGGCAGGAGCUGCAACAGGAGAUGCAGCAGCAAGAAGAUGAGGAGGAGGUGCAGCAACAGGAGGGAGAGCAGGAAGAGGAGAUGCCCCAACAGGACGUAGAUCAGGAGGAGGUGGAGUCUGAGGAGGUGCUGCAGAAAGAGGAGGAGCAACAUGAGGAAGAGAUGCAGCAGGAGCAGGAGGAGGAACAGACUGAGGAGCACCAGCAGGCUGAGGAGGUGCAGCAAGAGGAGGGGGAGAUGCAACAGGAGCAGCAGGAGGAGGUGCAGCAGACUGAAAAGGAGCAGAUUGAAGAGCUGCAGCAGACCAAGGAGGAGGAGGAGCAGCAGAAGGAGGAGGUGCAGGCUGAGGAGAUGUCACAGACUGAGGAUCAGCAGACGGAGGAGCAGCAGCAGCAGCAGACUGAAGAGGAGCAGCAGUGUAAGGAGAAGCAGCAGCAGAGUGAAGAGGAGCAGACUGAGGAGGUGCAACAAACACAGGAGGUGCAGCAGACAGAGGUGCGGCGGACUGAGGAGGCGCAGGAGUUUGAGGACGCUCUGGAGCAGAACCACAACAACCAGGUCCUGAUUCGACUGCGCGGGAUGCAGAAAUACAAAAGUACAUCCCAGAGGCUGAAAGGGGCCCUGGAGCAGAUGGACCGCGGUGUCGUGGACCUGCAGGAGCUCCGCAGGAACCUGGAGCUCGCUGCGGCCAUGCUGGACUCUGUUUACACUGAUGAGACCAAGCGUCUGUUGGACACAGAGGACGAGCUCAGCGACCUGCAGGCAGAGUCAGUGCCUACCGAAGUGCGUGAUUGGCUGGCGUGUACCUUCAGCAGGAAGAUGGGCGUGGCAAAACGUCGUCCCGAGGAGAAGCCGAGAUUCAGGAGCAUCGUCCACGCAGUGCAGGCUGGGAUAUUUGUGGAGAGGAUGUACAGACGGACGUCCAACAUGGCUGGUCUGACCUACCCUCCCACAGCUUUGGCAGCUCUGAAGGAAGUGGAUCAGUGGUCGUUUGAUGUUUUUUCCUUCCACGAGGCCACUGGAGACCACGCCCUCAAGUUCCUGGUGUACGACCUGCUGACCCGCUAUGACCUCAUCAACAGGUUCAGGAUCCCGGUGCAGGCUCUGGUGCAGUUUGUUGAAGCUCUGGAGACCGGCUACAGCAAACACAGGAACCCCUACCACAACCUGAUCCAUGCCGCUGAUGUCACUCAGACCGCCCACUUCCUGAUGCUGCACACUGGACUGAUGCACUGGCUCAGCGAGCUGGAGAUCCUUGCGAUGGUUUUUGCUGCAGCGAUUCACGACUUUGAACAUACAGGAACCACCAACAACUUCCACAUCCACACCAGGUCGGAGGUGGCCAUCCUGUACAAUGACCGCUCGGUGCUGGAGAACCAUCACGUCAGCGCCGCCUACAGGCUGAUGGCCGAGGAGGACAUGAACAUCCUGGUGAACCUCAACAAGGACGACUGGAGGGAGCUGCGGGCUCUGGUGAUUGAGAUGGUGAUGUCCACAGACAUGUCCUGUCACUUCCAGCAGAUCAAGACCAUGAGGAACUCCCUGACACAGACGCACAGUCUGGACAAAGUGAAAGUUUUGUCUCUGAUGCUUCACGCUGCAGACAUUAGUCAUCCAGCUAAAGCCUGGCCGCUGCACUAUCGCUGGACUCACAGUCUGAUGGAGGAGUUCUUCAGACAGGGAGAUAAAGAGGUGGAGCUCGGCCUUCCUUUCUCUCCGCUCUGUGACCGCAAAGCCACCAUGAUCGCCCAAUCACAGAUAGGAUUCAUCGACUUCAUCGUUGAGCCGACGUUCAGUGUUCUGAUCGACACGACAGAGAAGGUGAUUGGUCCUCUGAUAGAAGAGGACAGAAAGGCCAAAGAGACUGGAAACAGGAGGUCAAGCCUUACAGGAAGCGGCUCUGUUACCGUGGAGUCGGUGCAGAGACACAGCAGUGGUCGCCAUGGGAACAGCGAUGACGGACAGACAGACUUUUCCUUGACAGCCAUUGACCUGCCGGCUAUGAAGCUCCACCUAUCGGGCGUCAUUGGCAGCAACAAGGACCGAUGGAAAGAGCUGUCUGUGCACGAGCUGGCCAGUAAGGAGCAAGAGGAGCAGGAGAAAGCGGCGUCUACCGUCAACUCCGAUGUCCAAUCACAUGCCUCGCCCAGUCACAGCGUCCCUGAUGGACAAACCUCUGACCAAUCACAGAAUUCCGAAGGCUGCCCUCAAGAUGAAACGGAAGCUGACAAGUCACCUGUCCACCUGACCUGGAACGGGGCGGGGCCAGGCGAGGAGAAGGAGGAAGACGAUGAAGUGCCUGAAAACGCCUGAUGGCGCUCAACGGCGAGCUCACCACUGUUUCUGAAUGUUGCAGAUCACCAUAGCAACAGGUGGUGCGGUGCAAUGACAACGAGGGUUCAGACUCUUCUGUUUAAACACAGCAGCCGACUCAAAGGCCCCUCGGUGGCCCCCGAAGGGCCACUACACCUUAUGUUUACAACUGCCCUUGAAAAAACCCACAUUGAGAGUGACGACAUUCAUCCGAUCACAGCUUCUCAGCAGCUUCACGGUCCAUGGCUCACUGCGGUCAAAGUGUUUAUGAUUUUAAUAGCAGCUCAGAGGAACAACGUCUGUGAAAUCAUUGGAAAAAUCGACAGUUUAUUCAAAAUAAAGACAGACAGGUGAAAACCAAAGAGCGGCUGUUGGUGGCGGAGGCAGGUUAAAAGUCUUUUAUCUUUGGGAAUGAGUCAUGGACCUGUUAUGAGAAGCAGUUGAGGAGGUUUUUGUGAGUGAAGCUGAGUACAGUGACAGGCGUCUUUAAUGUUAGGCGUGAUUUCUGCUUUAUUCUCUGUUCUGGGUUCAAAUUAUCAGAUGUCAAUCGGGCCAGGAAUCGGGCCCCAAUAUGUGAUGUCAGAGCUGUCAAAGAAUAAUCAAUAGAUCCUUCAGGAUGGGUAAUAACUCGAGACUGGACCCCAAGAUGGCGCCUACUCAGUCCAAAGACAACUGCUCACCUGGUGCACUCACCGAACAAUUUCUUUAGCUGCCACGUUUACUUCUGCGGUAAAGAAAAUUACAAGAAUAAUUCCUAUAAACAGAAAUGAGUUAGCAUUCCAGCACCCUCGGGUUCCUCGUCUCAAAGUCAAUAGCUUGUUUGCAGUCACGUGAUCCUGAUGAUGUGCGGAAAGUGAGAUGGCGGGCAAGAAGUAAAGAACACUUUUGGGAAUCGUUGAGAAUAGAAAGGGGUGAAUACGCUAAAGUCCUGCAUGCAGCAGCUAUCAUCUGAAAAUUUCCGGACACAUUGGAUAUGAUCCCUAUACUUUAACGGAAAAGCGAUUUUUUUCCCCAUGGGUUGUCUAAUUUGCCUGGCGUGGAGGUGUACAAGAGUCUUAAGUCCAAGUACCUCUCCAAGUCCAAGAACCUAGUACCAUUACCAUUAUAAAGUACCAAGUACCAUUAUUGUUUGAUAGCCACAGAGCUUACUUUAUGCAAUGAUCCAAAAUCCAAUGGAAAAA